UUAGAAGAGAUUCAUGUUUGGUUCCGGACCGGAUGAAUGGUCCAAAUUUUGAAAUGAAUUGAAAGACAAUCGAUUUUGUAGUAGCCCGGAAAUAAAUAAACAAAAAAACAACUCUCACUGCUCCCCUCUACUGAUCUCUUAUCCCUUUUCUAUCAUCUCUUCAAACCUAUUAUUAAAUCUCCCGUCCCUUCCGAAACAGAAAACAAAAAGGUCUUUGAGAAAACAAUGUCGUGAAAUUAAGAUAUAUAUUUGAAUCAAACACUAGUUCUUCCAUGAAAUUGUUCGAUUCAAAACCCGAAAACUCAAUCAUAUACGUAUCAUUCGGUAGCUCAGCCGAAUUGGAUAAGCCUCAAAUGGAGGAGUUAGCGGAAGGGUUGAAGCUAAGCACGAAAUCCUUCUUAUGGGUCGUGAGAGAAUCCGAACUUCAUAAACUUCCACCCAAAUUCAUCAACGAAACAGCUGAAAAAGGGCUGGUAGUAAAAUGGUGCCCUCAGCUACAAGUUUUGAGCCACAAAUCAGUUGGAUGCUUCGUUACACACUGCGGGUGGAACUCGUCGCUCGAAGCGUUGAGCUUGGGGGUGGGGUUGGUGGCGAUGGCUCAGUGGUCGGACCAACCGACGAACGCGAAGUAUGUGGAGGAUGUUUGGAAGGUGGGGAAGAGGGUGAGAAUGGAGGAAGAUGGAGUGUGCAAAAGAGAGAUGAUUGAGGUUUGUAUUAAUGAAGUUAUGGAGGGAGAAGAUGGUGAAGAAAUUGAGAUCGAAUAGAAAACAACACAAUAAACCACCUUGGGUUACUGUGGUUGAGGAGGCAAGCUGGAAAUGGAGACAGUUUGAGGCCCUGAAUUAAAUCAUUGGUGGCCACCCUACUUAGAAUAUUAAAUAAACAUCAUAAGUUUUCUGAAGGAAAACGCUAUAGGUUCGGUAGUCGUUACAACGGAAUUAAUCAAGGUGUUUAUAAGCUUGUUUAAAUUAAAUGGUACACGUACAACAUAGGGAAGCAUGAUGCCUUUUUUUUUUUUUAAGUGCAUUUUAGACUCUUUAUUGUAUAUUUUGGUGACUCGAAGACAUAAUCCGAUCGAUCGAAUAGGAAGUAUGAGAAGACUGAUACAAGUGAAGUUUUGUUAUAGAAAGAAAAAGGGAAGAAGAAAAAUAAGGAAUUAGGAUAUGCUCUCUCCUUCAUCUUGAACUAUGACUCUUAACAGUGCAACUUCUGACUUUCUUUGCUUCAUAACGAGCUACGGGAGGUGGCUCGUGCUGGUUUUGUGACUUAAGCAAAGAAAUAAAAACCAGAAUCUAUCGUAGUUCGGUUACUUGAAGCCCUUGAUUGUUUGAGAAAGUCAUCCCAGGUUUGGAACUUUGUUUUCUUCUUUUAGCUGUGGAUAAUUACAGUUCAGUUGUUUUCAAGUUUAAUUAGAUUUGAUUGUCUUAGGAAAACUUGGACCAAGGGAUAUUUGGAAGUAAUUCAAAGGAGAACGAGGUAAGUCCAAGUUCAUAAAUUGCCAAUCUGUGAGUGCUUUUAAGGCAUGUAAUGACUGAGAUUAUUCUGUAUUUAUGAGUUUUUUGUUUGUCAAAGAAUCUAGCAAGAAGAGACCUUAAAGUCGAUUCGUGGAUUAGAGGUCGGUCGGUAUGCAAUCGUUUCCAUUAUGCUCAAUGAGCAACCUUGUUUUCAUCUAAAUUCUGCAAUUCUAUA